AUGCAACAGCCUGUGAUGUCGGCUUCAGGGAACAGCUCUUUUCAUCCUGAUUCCUUCUUCCUGGUUGGGAUCCCAGGACUGGAGAAUUCUCAGUUUUGGAUUGGCUUUCCAUUCUGUGCCAUGUACAUUGUGGCUGUAGUUGGCAAUAUCAUUGUCAUUCAUAUAAUCCGAAUUGACCACACCCUGCAUGAACCCGUGUACCUCUUUCUGGCCAUGUUGGCUUUCACUGACUUAGUCCUCUCCUCUUCCACCCAACCUAAAAUGUUGGCUAUAUUCUGGUUCCAUUCCCAUGAGAUUGAAUAUCAUGCCUGCCUCAUCCAGGUGUUCUUCAUCCAUGCCUUUUCAUCGGUGGAGUCCGGAGUGCUCAUGGCUAUGGCCUUGGACCGUUACGUGGCCAUCUGUUUCCCCCUGCGCCACUCUAGUAUCCUGACCCCAUCUGUAGUGGGUAAACUGGGGGCAGCUGUGAUGAUAAGAGGGCUGCUGUGGGUGAGUCCCUUCUGCUUCAUGAUCUCCAGAAUGCCCUUCUGUGCCAACCAGAUCAUCCCCCAGUCAUACUGUGAACACAUGGCUGUGCUGAAGUUGUUGUGUGCUGACAGUAGAGUAAACCGUGCGUAUGGGCUCUUUGUGGCCUUCUCAGUGGUUGGGUUUGAUAUUAUUGUCAUUAGUAUAUCCUAUGUGAUGAUUUUGAGAACUGUGCUGGGCUUGCCGCCUGGUGAAGCCAGGCUCAAGACUUUUGGCACAUGUGCUUCCCAUAUUGGUGUUAUCUUGGCUUUUUAUAUACCAGCCAUGUUUACUUUCCUCACCCACCGCUUUGGACGUAAUGUGCCCCGAGUGGUACACAUCAUGUUAGCUAAUCUCUAUCUACUGGUACCCCCCAUGCUCAACCCCAUCAUCUAUGGCAUUAAAACCAAACAGAUCAGGGACAGGUUUUUUCAAGGGUGUUGUGGAAAAUGUCCUUGA